UGGUAUUGGGUCUCAACAGGUUACCACUUGUUAUUUCGAAUAUGAGGGUUUUUUAUUUGCCUUUAAUGAUUUCUUACUCGCUUUUCCUUAUAAUAUCGAUAAUUUCUUCUACAAUCUACACAUAUGACACCAGGUAUGUCGCUGUUGUUGUAGUCAUGAAUAUGUGCGAGUAUAUAUUUUCUAUAAUCUUUAACUUCAUUACUUGGAGAAGAAUGCAACGUUUUUACUGUGAACUGUCUAAAUUUGACGCUGAAGUGGGUUGCAGGCCGAAAGUUACACGAGGUUCUAUUGGGAAUUUGGUUCAAAUGCUCAUUCUGUUAAUCUUGUAUGUAGUUUUUUAUAUUAUAUCUUUUAGUAUGGAUAAUUUGAAUGACUUGUUAUUACCGUUGGUGCCUGUUAAUUUAAUUCAUGCCUUAGAGGUCCAUUAUUAUGGGCACUUGCUUAGUCUUCUCAUUCCGAGGUUAAAUUUGCUUAAUUAUUACGCGGAAUCUUCAUUGUCCAAUGAGAAAGCAAUCGUUGCCCCGAAGGUAGAAGAAUUUGUAUACUUCAAAUAUAACAAUAUAACCAACGGACAAAUGAAGAAGUUGAUGGAUCUUUAUCACAUUGUUAUUAAAGCCUAUGAUUUUAUGGUGGAAGCAAUUAAAUGGCAGUUGCUGGUGAUUAUAAUAACUUCGUUCAUCUCCAUUUUGGCAUUUUGUUAUAGUGUCUCUAUAACAAUUAUUUGUAAUUCAGACCCUUUAAUGGAUGUAAUAUCGGAUAUGGGUCUCACUAUAGCACAAAUGAUUCCACUAUUUUCCCCGUGUAUGUUCAGCGACAAAGUUCAUAACGAAGUUCGACGUCUUAGAGAGCUGUUAGCUUCCAGACUAUAUGAGAAUAAACUCGAUAAAUCAAGUCGCAGCACGGCACGGGCUUUACUCGCUUUGACUGAAGCUCGCGAUUUGUCAUUUUCUUUAUUACGAAUGCUGGAAAUUGAUAUUUCCUUGCCAUUCAAGUUCAUAGGCCUCCUUAUCACAUACCUAAUCAUACUGCUUCAGUUUGAAAAAGUGAUUAAUCCUGACCCGGUAAAUGUUUAAUUCCAAUAUAUAUUCAAUUCGUUGCUUGUAGCUAUACUGAAAAAAUACGUCUGGCAUUUGGAUUAUAAGAAAUUUAGGCUAGAUAACAAAAUAUGUUCUUAAUAUGCAGACGGCAUUCUAAUAAUUAGUUCACAUCUAUACGAUAAUUUUUAUAAUAAUUGAGUACAUUUCUGGUAUACUUAGAGUCUGAUAAAUACGUAGGAUGG